AUGAUCUCUGGAUCGAAGGCCAUUCCUCUGUUCUCAACUGAUUCGAGGCAGAGGAUGAAGGGGAGGCUCCUUGCCCUCGCAAACAGUAGUGACAGUGCUGCAUUAUUUUGUCUUGCUUCUUUAUACUUCUAUUAUUUUCUUGUUUCACCUGCCUAUCUUUGUUUAAUUCUAAAUUGUUUUUCUUUGGACGAACAGGAAUUCAAUGUUGAUUGGCAAAAAGCAGCUGCUACUCUUCUUGUCGCCAUAGGUUCACAUGAUCCAGACUUGAUGAUGGAGGAAAUAUUUCUUCACUUCUCUGGACCAACUUCUGCUUUGCCCACCCUGUUACAGAUACUUGCAGAUUUUGCCUCAGCUGAAGCCUUGCAGUUUACCCCACGGUUAAAGGACGUGCUUUUGCGUGUUUUACCUAUCCUAGGAAGUGUACGAGAUGGCCAACGGCCUGUUUUUGCAAAUGCAUUCAAGUGUUGGUGCCAGGCUGCAUGGCAGUACCUAGGAGAUGCCCCCUCUGAGCUUCCUUUUGACUCUGAUGUUAUGUCCUUCAUGAAUUCAGUAUUUGAAUUACUGAUAAAAGUAUGGACAGGUUCACGUGAUCUAAAGGUGCGGUCAUCCUCUGUGGAGGCUUUGGGAGAAAUGGUUGACUUGGUCACUAGGUCACAGUUGAAAUCAGCAUUGCCAAGGAUUAUACCAACAAUGCUGGAUCUAUGCAGGAAAGAUCAGGAAGUUGCUUUUGUUGCGUCUCACAGUCUUCACAACCUUCUUAAUGCAUCGUUAUUGUCUGAAAGUGGCCCCCCUUUACUUGAUUUUGAGGAGCUUACUGUUAUCUUGAUUACGCUUCUUCCAUUAGUAUCUGUCAAUAAUGGCAAAGAUGAGCAUUAUGUUUCAAAGGGAUUGAAGACAUACAAUGAGCUCCAGCAUUGCUUUUUGGUGAUUGGUUUAGCAUAUCCCGAGGAUCUUUGCAUGUUCCUUUUAAAUAAAUGCAAGUCAAAAGAUGAAGCAUCUAUUGUUGGGGCACUUAGCACAAUAAAACACCUAUUGCCCAGAUUAUUGGAAUCAUGGCAUACUAAACAAGCAUCUCUGGUUGAAAUCGUGAAAUCACUUUUAGAGCACCAGAGCUUGGGCAUACGUAUGGCGCUAGCUGAGCUAAUUGUUGUUAUGGCUUCACACUGCUAUUUGAGUGGGCAACCUGCUGAGCUGGCUGUUGAGUUCUUGGUGCGGCAUAGUGCUAUAACUGAUGAUGAUCUAAAUGAUCUUGGCACUCUAAAAAAUGAGUACUUCCAGGACAAAAGAUUUGAGAUGAAAGUAAGUCUUGCUGGCUUAUCAGAACUAAGAGCUGUAUGUGAAAAGGGUCUACUUUUACUAGCAAUCACCAUUCCUGAAAUGCAGCUUGUUCUGUGGCCAUUCAUCUUGAAAUUAAUAAUUCCGAAGAAGUAUACUGGUGCGGUAGCUACGGUCUGCAAAUGCAUAACUGAGUUGUGUAGGCACAAAUUGUCGCACAUGAACCCACUAUAUACUGAAUUUAAUGCAUCAAACGAUACCCCCAAUCCUGAGGAUUUAUUUGCUCGUUUGGUUGUGCUUAUGCAUAAUCCACUUGCUAGGGGCCAACUGGCCACCCAGAUCCUGACGGUUCUGUGCUACCUGGGUCCACUUUUCCCCAGAAACCUUUCUUUAUUUUGGCAAGAUGAGGUCCCUAAGAUGAAAGCUUACAUCAGUGAUCCUGAAGACCUUAAGCAAGAUAGCACAUACCAGGAAAUAUGGGAUGACAUGAUAAUAAAUUUUUUAGCAGAAUCUUUGGAUGUUGUGAAUGAUACUGAGUGGGUCAUUUCCUUGGGUGAUGCAUUUGCAAGGCAGUAUGAUCUGUAUGCUAUAUCUGACGAACAUUCUGCUUUACUGCACAGAUGCUUAGGAAUGCUUCUUCAGAAGGUUGACGAUAGGAUUUAUGUCAGCGAGAAGAUUGACUGGAUGUGUAGACACUCAAGCAUGUCUAUUCCCAUUAAUCGCCUUGGACUUGCACAAGGCAUCGGGCUGGUAAGGUGCCUUCAAUGAAG